ACAAAGACCAGUCAAAACUUUUCAAAAGCUGCUCGUUGAAGCUAAGCCUCAGUCAAAUGGACUCUUCCUCCCUUGCCAUCUCCACCAUCACCAUCACCUCCAGCACCUCAAAAUCCAAGAAACCCUAACCCUAAACCAUGAAGAUCGCGUUAGUGUUGCUUACCGUCUUCCUCAACUCGCUCCUCCUCUGCCGUUCGAUCGAGGACGACCUCACCUGCCUCGCCGGCGUGAAGCGCUCACUCGCCGACCCCGACGGCCGGCUCAGCCAAUGGAACUUGGCCAACAACUCCGUCGCCUCAAUCUGCAAGCUCGUCGGAGUUUCGUGCUGGAACGAGAAGGAGAAUCGGCUGCUCAGCCUCCAGCUGCCGUCCAUGCACCUCGCCGGUCAGCUCCCUGAGUCGCUCAAGUACUGUCAUAGCCUCCAAACCCUAGAUCUCUCCGGAAAUUCUCUCUCCGGUUCGUUGCCGCCGCAAAUCUGCGAUUGGCUCCCUUACCUUGUGACUCUAGAUCUCUCUAAUAACCAUCUCUCCGGCUCCAUUCCGCCGGAGAUUGUCAACUGUAAGUUCUUGAAUUCUCUGAUUUUGAAUGAUAAUCGUCUUUCCGGUUCGAUUCCGUAUGAGCUGGGCCGGCUCGACCGGUUGAAGAAAUUUUCAGUGGCCAAUAAUGGCCUUUCCGGUACUAUCCCGUCGGACUUGUCCAAAUUCGAAAAGGAUGAUUUUGAUGGGAACAGUGGGCUGUGUGGGAAGCCUCUUGGGUCUAAAUGCGGUGGUCUGAGCAGCAAAAGCCUCGGUAUUAUAAUCGCCGCCGGGGCUAUUGGUGCGGCGGUGUCGCUGAUUUUGGGGCUUGGGAUUUGGUGGUGGUUCUUUGUUAGGGGAAGUAAGAAAAAGCAGAGCUUUGGUGAGAAAGGUGUGAGUGGCUGGGUUGGGUUGUUGAAGUCUCACAAGCUUGUUCAAGUGUCUCUAUUUCAGAAACCGAUUGUGAAAGUCCGGUUAGCUGAUUUACUGGUGGCUACCAGCAAUUUUGAUUCCCAAAACAUUGUCAUUUCCGGUAGAACAGGGGUUUCUUACAAGGCGGUGUUGCCUGAUGGGUCUGCAUUGGCAAUCAAGCGGCUUACUGGGUGUACACUCGGAGAGAAGCAGUUUAGGUUGGAGAUGAAUAGGUUGGGGCAGCUCAGGCAUCCCAAUUUGGUGCCUUUAUUGGGGUUCUGUGUUGUGGAGGAAGAGAAGCUUUUGGUGUAUAAGCACAUGUAUAAUGGCACAUUGUACUCUCAGUUGCAUGGUAGUGGCAAUGUGAGUAGCCAGUAUGGUUUUUUGGAUUGGUUGACACGGUUGAGGAUCGGUGUGGGAGCAGCCAGAGGACUUGCUUGGCUGCACCAUGCUUGCCAGCCGCCGCAGAUGCACCAGAAUAUUAGCUCGAAUGUGGUUCUUCUUGAUUAUGAUUUUGAGGCUCGGAUAACGGAUUUUGGAUUGGCGAGGCUGGUGGGUUCUCGUGAUUCAAAUGAUAGCUCGUUUGUGAAUGGGGAUCUGGGAGAGAUUGGUUAUGUUGCUCCCGAGUACUCAAGCACAAUGGUGGCAUCGUUAAAAGGGGAUGUCUACGGGUUCGGGGUAGUUCUUUUGGAAUUGAUUACUGGACAGAAACCUUUAGAAAUCAGUAAUGUAGUGGAGGGGUUCAAGGGGAAUUUGGUGGAUUGGGUCUCUCACUUAUCAAACACUGGUCGAAGCGUUGAUGCCAUAGACAAUGUAUUAGCAGGGAAAGGUCAUGAUGAUGAAAUUUUGCAGUUCAUGAGGGUGGCUUGCACUUGCGUGGUUGCUAGGCCAAAAGAUAGGCCUUCUAUGCAUCAGGUUUACGAGUCAUUGAAGAGCUUGGCCGAUAAACAUGGUUUCUCUGAACAGUAUGAUGAAUUUCCAUUGAUGUUUGGCAAACAGGUUCCUGAAUCUUGAUUUUAAUUGACGACUAGUUAGGCUGGGAAAGUGUUAAAUGUACAAGAUCCAACUGCAGCAUUUGGGCACGUCUUCGUUUUAUGCUUGUUAAGAGGCAUUUUUAGCAAUUGGUAUGGUAUUUUGAGCAUGAUUUCCCUUUGUAAUGCUCAUCUGUUGAAUCUUUCUGUAUUAUAAAGAAGCAUUGUAAUUUUCACGUAAUCCAGAAAAUGAAAUCUCUGUUGUUGUUUUUUUUUUU